ACAAGAAAACAUAUGUGGGCAGAAUUGCUAUUAGGCAUCAAUUUCGCAUGCUCUCAUUCAACUGUAAACGCACAUUCUAGUGAUCAUGUCAAACGAGGAAACACAGGAGUCGAAAUGAGUUAUUUGAGCAAUAACUUAUUGUCGGUUGUCCUCAUGGAUGAGGGGUUGCUCAUGAGUGAUUCCAAGAUCGCGUGGACCACUAUUCCUUUACCUCAGUCGUUACAUGGAGGUGAAUCACUGGACACUUGGUUCCAGUUGAGUGGAAAGCAAGGACAAGACUGUGAAGGUUCCAUUCAUCUUACUAUGAAAAUCCGAGUAGGUUUCAUUUUCUUGCUUUCAGUAGCAUAUUCAUUUCGAACUAAUCUAGAUGUUUCUGCUGUGCUCUGUAGUAUGACACGCAGUGAUACAAGGAUUAUUAUGGUCUAA